AUGAGUUUGAUCUAUGGUCAAGAUGAGCCUACUCAAGCACCUUUUCUCUCCGACGCAAAAAAGUUUGAUUUGAUUAAGUCUUUCUAUGGUAUACAAUCAGGCCAACUCAUCAAUCUCUCUGGAUAUGAAGAUAUAAAUUUCCGACUCACAAAUAUUGCUCCCGAUGAUGUAGUUGAUGACGUUGUUGUCAAAAUUUCCAAUCCCAUUGAAGCCCGAGAUUCUCGACAUUUAGAUCUUCAGAAUGACAUUUGUCAAACUCUCAACAAUCAGGGAAUUCCUGCGCCCGAGCUGGUACCUAUGACAGAUGGAAAAAUGUGGGCAUACAUCAACGUUCAAACAGAACAAUUACCUAUUCGUAUGUUCAAAACGUUGCCAGGAGAUGUACUAGAGAAGUUUGAGAUUGACGAGGGCUUUCUCAUUAAGAUUGGAAGUAUGAUCAGUCAGAUGCACCAAGUGUUUGAUGAGAGACAGUAUGAGACUUCUCAUCUGCCAUUCAUAUCUGCUGAUAAUUUCGAUUGUUUUUUCCGGGAAAUUGAGAUAUUGUCUUCAAGAAAAAUGCUCGAUGAGGAUAAAAGCAAUUUAGCUAUCAGAUUCUUAAAGGAUUAUAAAGAGAAUAUCUAUAACAGACGAGACUCACUAGAUGUCGGUUUGAUACAUUCCGAUUUGAACGAAACGAAUAUAUUAAUAUGUCCGGAUGAUAAUAACGAACUCCAGAUUUCUGGUGUACUUGAUUUUGGAGAUGUCCAUGUAUCAUAUAGGGGUUGCGAUAUUGCCGCGUGUGCUCUCUAUUUAUAUCUUUGCGAUUCAAAGCUUAGCCUUCAAACGAUCAUUUCUCGACUGGUUAAAGGUUAUGAAAUGAACAAGCAAUUCAAUGAUAGACACCUUCUGAUGUAUUGCAUCCGGGCUCGAUUAGUCUGUUCUUUGAUCUACGGCUUAAGAACAAACAGGCUUUCUGUUCGUCCAGACAAUCCUGAUUAUAUUUUGAAAACACAAUCAAACGGAUGGAAAGUUCUAAAGGAGCUGAGUGACAUGAAAGGAAGCGACUGA